GCAGCCCCCGGCCCUCCUCCGAGGGGGUCUGCGCUGCAGGCCGCAGGGCCUGCUAGGGGGCAAGGGUCACCCGGCGGUGAGGUCCUAGCCUACAGUGGUUGUUUCCUCUAGUUUUGCCCUGUUGCUAGGCACCCGGGAAUUUCUGCCCGGGGACAGCUGGUCGCUGGCCGGUCAUUCCUGCUCUGCUCGGGCCUGUGUAACCGCCCCCUCCCUCAGAUACGUGUGGAAGGAAGUUCCCAAGGGUCUGUGCGUGGUGUGACGAAGGGAGGGGUCAAAGGUGACUCCAUUGGCCCGAGCUGCAGGGUGACACCGGUGAUGCCGCUCCUGAGACGGUGAAGGCAGAAGAAAGAGCAGUUGAGGGAAAUCGGUGGUUUGGGGCGGCAGUGUGCGGUUCCGAUCGGCCACCCCGCGGGCGGAAGCUCUGAGAGUCCGGGGCGGAGGUGAGCUCCCGGGGCCGUCCACCCAGCAGCCUGCGCGGAGCCCGGCCUCCAGCCCAGCGUGGUUCACGCGCCGGGACCCAGCCCGAACGCAGGACGUGGGCAGACUCGCCCGAGCGGAGGAGAGGCCUUGUCCCUCCAACCUGCUUUGGAAGGAACUCUUCUUUAUCGGCGCACCCCACAGCCCGUAACAGCAGGGUGGGCCCAGGGCAGGGUCAGAGACGGCAGCACUGAAACCCAACAGCAAACCCCUCCGGACUCGGGUCCGAUGAGCCCUGAGCACCGACUCCUGAGCUCGGUGCCACAGCCGGGGACACCGCGGGGCUCUCCAGAGCCGUUGGCCCCAGGGUAGCCCGUCCCAGUUGGGGCCACACUCCCUGCGCUACCUCUUCAUGGGCGCCACCGUGCCCGACCUGGGGCUGCCCCUGUUCGAGGCCUUGGGCUACGUGGACGACCAGCUGUUCGUGUCCUACGAUCACGAGACUCGCCGCGCAGAGCCCCGCACCCCGUGGGCCUGGGGAGGGGCCGCUGGGCAGCUGUGGCUGCAGCUGAGUCAGGGCCUGAAGGGGUGGGACCACAUGUUCACAGUGGACUUCUGGACCAUCAUGGACAACCUCAACCACAGCAAGGUGACGAAGCUGGGGGCACUGCCAGCGUCCCACACCCUGCAGGUGAUCCUGGGCUGUGAGAUCCUCCAGGACAACAGCACCAGGGGCUUCUGGAAAUACGGCUACGACGGGGAGGACCACCUUGAAUUCUGCCCCAAGACGCUGAACUGGACGGCAGCGGCACCCAAGGCGCGGGCCACCAAGCUGGAGUGGGAAGUGAACAGGAUUCGGGCCAGGCAGAACAGGGCCUUCCUGGAGACGGACUGCCCCGAGCAGCUGCGGAGGCUCCUGGAGCUGGGGGCGGGGCUCCUGGACCGGCUGGUUCCUCCUUCGGUGAAGGUGGCUCGUCACGUGGCCUCCGCAGUGACCACUCUUCAGUGUCGGGCUCUGAGCUUCUACCCCCAUGACAUCACCAUGCGGUGGAUGAAGGACAGGCAGCCGCUGGACGCCAAGGACGUGGACGUGCUGCCCAAUGGGGACGGGACGUUCCAGGGCUGGUUGGCGGUGUCCGUGCCGCCCGGGGAGGAGCAGAGGCACACCUGCCAGGUGGAGCACCUGGGCCUGGAGCGGCCCCUCACUGCUACCUGGGAGCCCUCGAAGCCCGGCCCCCUGGUCGUCGGAGUCAUCAGUGGGCUCGCCGUUGGUGUCACCGUCCUCUCGGCCGGAGUUUUGUUCAGAACCCUCUGGAACAGGCAGGCUUCCCGAGCAGCCCCGGGGGCCUACGUCCUGGCCGACCUCGGGUGAAGGGCUGCCUGCAGCCCGGCCGGGCAGGAGACAGGCCGAGACCUGGGGUGCGCCGGUGGAGUUCUUGGUGCCUGAGGACAGCGCUGGACCCAACCAACCAACAGGAGCCAGCCCAGGAACUCCCUGCCCUUCGCUGGUCCCCGUUCAGGUCUGUGACUUUCUAUGGGCCGGCAGCCCCCGCCCACGGUGACGGCUCCCGGAGGUGGUGGGUGCAUCUCCGGCUGCAUCCAGAGCCGGCCUCGGUUUCCUGCCGCGCCUCGGGCCCCACGCACCUGCGUCAUCUCAUCUCCUGCCUCUGCCGUGAAGCUCCGGAAGUUUCGGGGACUCGUACCCUCCUUCUGAGUGUGUGGGAAGAGCUGUGGCCCUGCUCAGGGCAUGCGUUCUCCUACUGCUACCGUACACACCCCCAGGCCUUUCCUGGGCCCAUUCAAGUUUCCAUGUAAUCGUCUGCGUCUCUGUGUUCCAAUAACGCCCCCGCCCCCGUGGGCGCCUCUGUCAGAGAGCGGUCUGGGCCAUGGUCAACGCUAGGCCAGAGGUGAGGAGACACCCCUGCCAGAAGAGACAUCCCGCAUGUCGGUGUGCGCUAAGAUCGUUUUCCAGAAAGUGGGUGGAAGUGCGUUGAGGAGGGUGCCUUCGGUCUGGCGCGCGGAGGUGUCACGUGGGUUUCCCAGACCAGUGGCGCCCCCCCCCCCCGCCCCCGUGCACGGCCUCUGUGCUGUGCCAGGCUCCAGGUGGAUCAGGGAUGUCCCCUGUGGUCUCCGCCGACCCUUUCCCUUUGUUCUGACCGCGCAAAUGCUGACCAUGGCUGCACUUACACAAAAGCACUUGCUUGGAAACAGACUCGGUCCAGAGCACCUAUGUACCUGCAUUUCUUCAUAGGGUUCUUACAAUGGUUCUUUGACAUGAGAGCUGUUACCCCCUUUUUUUUAGCGAACACAGUGAAGCACAACUUGCCAGAGGUCGGGACAGUUUUCACACUGUCGCUCUGAUCUCAGCCAUCCCACCCACAGCGUUUGGACGCCUAGCUGCGUGGACUGAGUGGAAGAGAAGGGCCGUGGCCACCGGACGCUGCUCUCCCGCCUCCUGGCCUGUGUUCUCAGUGGGCUGGGCCCACGAGCCUGCCGGGGAGGCAGCAGCGAGCAGUCUCAGCCGGACUCCCUCUCCAAGUGCUGGGGGGGCCGGCAUGAGCUCUCCCUGCCGGUGCUCCUGGGCGUCCAGGCCAGGGCUGCGAUCGCCGGUGUCCGUAGUGGCUGUGCUGCUAAGGGGGCAGCGCGGCGCCCUCCCGACAGCAGUGCCUCCACAGUCAGACCCUGGGGGCGUUUCCCUCCACGAGCUGGAGCAACUCCGUCGUAUUAAACAUGGCAAAACGAAGCCACCCAGUGGCCUGGAAGGUCCCCAGCAUCUUCCUGGGGUUCCUGGGGCUCCUGGGAGUCUGGUUCGUGUCCCCAGCUGUGCACAUUCACGUCUUCAAUCUAACCAGCCUCUCAGGAGUGCGCAGCUCUGGCUCAGUGGCUCACCCGACUCUGUGUGAGGGGUUCAAGUGCAAACGCCUCAGCCACGCAUGCCGCCUUGGUGCUGCGGCCCGCCUUCGGCUGCAGAGUUGUGGCCUGAGGCGUUCUGUGUCGGAGGGCCGGUGCCUCAGGAGCCCAAGUGUAGCUCAAAAGUUUGCUGGUAGGGACUUAAUUUGGGCAAAGAAAUUUCAACUAUUAAAAAAAAUUUUUUUUCUGGUUGCAAAAGUUAAGAGGAUAUAGGUACAUGUAAUAGGGACUUACUUUAGAAAAAUUGAAAAUGAAUUAAACUGAAACUGCCAUUCCAUUAGCCAAUGAUAAACUCUACUAAUAAUGUGUGCUACUCUCAGUAUUGCUAUGUGAAAAUCUGUGAAGGCAUCAAAUACAUCUAUUUUAAUAGA